AAUCAUGAUGAUCUCCUCUUUUAAUUUCUUCUGUUGUUAUUUUACCAGUAUGAAGAGAAUGGGAAAGUAGCAGAUUCCAUGCUUGUAAAUACAAUUUUGAUGCUGGUUUAUGUGGCAAAGUUCUUGUGGGAAGCUGGGUUCUGGAACACUAUGGACAUUGCACAUGAUCGAGCUGGUUUUUAUAUUUGUUGGGGAUGCUUGGCGUGGGUUCCAUCUACAUAUACCUCCCUGGCAUGUACCUAGUUAAUAAUCCAGUGCAUCUUGGAACUCAGCUUGCACUUUUUAUUCUGGCGGCUGGCCUUCUUUGCAUAUACAUCAACUAUGACUGUGACAUCCUUAGAAAAUGUGUGUCAUCGAGUGAUCCAAAUUCUUCUCCCUUUCACAUCCUUAGAAAAUGCAUUAGUUGACUAUGGUGAAGAAAAAGAGACACAGACCGAGCGUUCACACUUUGAUCCUAAAUAAUAUAUAGCAUCAAUGAAGCAGGCAAAAAAUUUGCAAGAGCCUAAGCAAGCUUUGCUUUUUCUAACCCUCUUCCCAAAACUCCUUUCAAAUCUUAUCUGAAAAUGUCUAAAGCCCAGAUAGCUUUGUCAACAGCAGCCUCACUUGCUGCAUCUGCAAUGCUAAUUCGAAGCAUUGCCAACGACAUUUUACCCUCCGAAAUUCAAGACUACUUGUAUGCCGGCCUGUACAGGAUUUCGCGCUGUAUGUCUUCUCAACUCACCUUUGUUAUAGAGGAGUUCCAGGGACUCGCCAUGAACCAGGUCUUUGAGGCAGCCCAUUUGUACUUGGGUGCGAGAGCCAACGCCACUUCAACUCAGAGACUCAGAGUCGGCAAGACUGAGAAUCAGAAGACCUUUGCAAUCAGCCUCGACAGAAAUGAAGAAAUUCUCGAUGUUUUUCAAAAUGUCAAGCUGAAAUGGCGAUUUGUCUGUAUGCAAAUUAAAUCACCUUCAAUGUACGGACAUGGAAACAUGCAGGAUUAUAAUUCGUCGCUGCGAUCAGAAUUUAGACAAUAUGAAUUGAGUUUUCACAAGAAACACAAAGACUUGGUGCUGAAUCUCUACUUGCCACACAUAGUAGAGAAGGCAAAUGCAAUAAAAAAGGAGAGCAAUAUGAUUAAGCUUCACACUGUUAACUAUGACCGAUGGGAUUCAAACGACACCUUUCUUAAGCACCCAAUGACCUUCCAGACCCUUGCGAUGGAUGAAGAGCUCAAGAAGGAGCUCAUGGAGGAUCUGGAUAACUUCAUCAAUGGGAAGGAGUACUAUGAAAGAAUUGGCAGAUCUUGGAAACGUGGGUACUUGGUACAUGGACCACCAGGCACCGGGAAGUCAAGUUUGAUUGCAGCCAUGGCUAAUCACUUGAAGUUUGACAUCUAUGACUUGGAUUUAACAGGCAUCGAAUCCAAUUCAGAUCUUCGAUUUCUGCUGCUUAGCAUGCCCAGCCAAUCUAUGCUUGUCAUUGAGGAUAUCGAUUGCUCUUUGAAGCUGCAAAAUAGGGAAUCAGAGGAUGCAUCAGAGAAUCAAUCAAAGAAUCAGAGAGAAAACAAGGUUAGUGCUAUUAGUAUGUUGACAGAAGGAAACUCCUAUGAACCGGCCAAGCCCGAAUAUCUGUUGGUUCAUAGAAAAUGGUUUAGUUCAGAUUUAGUGGAGUUUGUCAAACUAAAAUUAAAAGUGGGUUGAGUUUAGUUCGAAUAAAAAUAAUUCAGUUCAAUACCAAA